CUCUAUUCAUUAAUCAUAGCUAGGAUAUAAUUCUAUCAUUCUCUCUCAAACUAUAGCAUUGGAAUUUGAUACUAUACAAACAAAUAUUUUGGAUUUAUAGGAAAUUAUGAGAAAUUAUAUGGAAAGAUUUGUUGUUCUUCCUUUCUCUUUGAGGUGUGCUUCUCAUUCAAGUGUGGAGUUAGGUGAACCCAAAGAAUCAAAAGACUCUAUUGUUUCAAGAAGACAAGAAGGACAAAUCAUCAGAACUAAAAUGGAGAAAAAAAGAUCUUCUGGAUUUUUUGUUCUUCCAAAGGCUCAUGUAGCUGCAGGCAUACAGAGAUUGAUCAAGGGUAUCAAGAGUUUUUCUCAAAUAUUUUUUUACAAAGAGCACAUUGAAGAGAUGGAACAAGACAUGGAAAUUGGGUAUCCAACAGAUGUGAAGCAUGUAACACAUAUUGGACUUGAUGGGUCAACAACCACAAAUAAUGUUAAGGGUUGGGACAAUCUUAAGCCACCUGAAUUACUUUCUAUAAAUCCAAUUACUUUAAAGCAAUUUGAAUUGGCCAUGGCCACCCAAGCUCACCAACCACUCAUUGAUGAUUCUUUUCCAAAAUGUGAUUAAAAGUAUACUUGUGGGACUCAUUAUUGUUGCCAUUAUAAUAAGUCUCUUCUAAUUGUAGAUUAAGAUCGAUCAUGCUUGAUAAGGAUGUGUACAUGUAGAAAUUCACAUGGUGCAUAAAAUUUAAUUUCAUUAAUAUUUGUAACAUUUGUCUUUGGACUUUCACUUGUUUUGAUUGAUUCUUAAAAUACUUAGGAGUUUCAUUGUUUUUUUCUCACUAAACUAACAUAAUACUUUGCAUGUUCAUGAUUGUGUGUCGGUGCAAUAAUUCGAACAGAUAUUAAGAAGUUAAUAUGUCUACAUAUAAAUAAUUUAUUGUAUUUAAUACUAUCAUUUUUUAAAAAUAGAAUUUAAUAUUGUACUUAUUUUUAAAAUUUGUUAUUGUCAUCAUACAUAAUAAAAAAUAAAUAAAUAAGUUUUUUUUUCCACCACCGGUUUAGGAGUCAGUUAUUGCAUUAAGUGGUUACAGCCCUCUUCAGAUCCAAAUUACGGGAGGAUUGAAUUGUGGUUAUCCCGACCAAAUCCAGCGUUAAUCACCACUAGACCAAUUAACAAUU